AUGGUCAAGGCUCUACUCUUCGGUCUGCUGGCCAGUCUCAUCCCUCACACCUUUGCUGGACCUCUCCGUCGACAGUCCUCCUCGCCACCGACCGUCCAGGUUAUCAAUGGCACGAUCCAAGGAACACAUCUCGCCUCAUACAAUCAGGAUCUCUUCCUAGGCAUUCCCUUUGCUCAACCGCCGACAUGGGCUUUGCGAUUCCGUAGUCCUGUCAGCAUCAACAAACCAUAUCGGAACACCCUGCAAGCAACGAGAUAUGCGCCAAUGUGCGUUGGCUAUGGCUCCGACUCUGCCGGCAAAUUCACUUCCGAAGACUGUCUUUAUUUGAAUGUCAUUCGACCUGCUGGGUAUGAAGGGCAGAACCUGCCGGUCCUCGUCUGGGUUCAUAGCAGCUCUUUCACCAUGGGAGGGACAAGUGAUCCUCGAUUCAACCUCACCUUCAUCGUCGAUCGAUCGGUCAAGAUUGGAAAGCCGAUCAUUGCAGUCUCGUUUGCGUAUCGUUUGGCUGCGUGGGGUUUCUUGGCUUCGAAGGAGGUUCUCGAAAGUGGAAAUAGCAACAUGGGUAUCAAGGAUCAGAGAAUGGCAUUUCACUGGAUUCAGGAAAACAUUGCAGCCUUCGGAGGAGACCCAUCAAAGGUGACCAUCUGGGGCCAAUCAUCAGGCGCAACUUCUGUCGGCUACCAUCUACUCGCAUACAACGGCCGAGACGACAAUCUCUUCCGUGCUGCAAUCAUGCAGUCAGGGAACCCCACUAACUUCAUCUCCUUCCGAGAUCCUGCCGAAUACCAAUUACAAUACAACGCCCUCGCCGCAACCUUCGGCUGUCAAGUCUCCUUUGACAGUCUCAACUGCCUCCGCCUGAUCCCCUUCCCGGCCCUAAACGCCGCCAUCAUCCUCCAAAACACCGUCGUGUCCAGCUCCUACAUCUCCGCCUGGAACCCGAUCGUGGACGGCGACAUCAUCGCGCGGUACGGAAGCCAACAGCUCAAAGAAGGCGCCUUCGUCAAAGUCCCCAUCAUCGUCGGCGCCACCUCCGACGAAGGCACCGUCUUCAGCCCCUUCGGCAUCGACACCGCGACCGAGAUUCUCUCCAGCAUGUCAGACCCCUCCCGCCUCUGCAACAUCCCGGCAUCCCUUGCCCCGUCCGCCCUCGCCGCCUACCCGGACGAGCCGGCCUACUACAUCCCCAGCCCAGCCACCGUCGGCAACGCCAGCAUCCCGUCCUUCUUCGGCAACAACCAAUGGCGCCGCAGCGCCGCUUACUGGGGCGAUGCCAUAGGCGUGGCCAACCGCCGCGCCGCCUGCGAGGCCUGGGCGGCCGCCGGCGUCUCCGCGUAUUGCUUCCGCUUCAACACCAUCGUUGCCAACACCCCGGCCUACAUCGGCGCGACGCACUUCGAGGACAUGUCGUAUGUCUUCGACAACACGCAGGGGCUCGGGUUCAAGGACGAUCCCUUCGCGGGCCUCCCACAGGCGAACUUCGACCUCGCCCACCUCAUGAGCGGGACCUGGGCCUCGUUCGCAUAUGAUCUGGACGUGAACGCUUUCGAGGGCAGGUAUCCUUCGGCGGUGAAGUGGCCGCAGUAUGAGGUGGGGAACCCGAGGGAUAUCGUCUGGGAUGCGACGGUCGAGGGGCUGACGUUCGUCGAGACGGACGAUUAUCGCAAGGAGGGCAUCCAGUGGAUCAACGACCAUGCGUUGGAUUAUAAGCGGUGA